AAGUUAGGACACUUUGUUGGACCCUGCCCAGGGCACCGUCACUGAUAUGUACGGCCACCAGGGGUCGCUCCAGACGCGGCCCGCGCGAGUGACGUCAUCAGCUGCAGUCUAGCCCCUCCUGCCCCGCCCCCGGGCGUCGCAUGGCGUCAUUGAACAGUCCGGAAGCGCCCGCACGUGAGCUUCCAAGUCGGCUGUGGGGCCUCCGGCUCCGCCGACACCAGCCAUGGGUCGCUCCCGCCGGACCGGUGCUCACCGAACGCACUCCCUGGCCCGCCAGAUGAAGGCGAAGCGGCGGCGGCCAGACCUGGAUGAGAUUCACCGCGAGCUACGGCCCCAGGUUCCCUCAUGGCCCCGGCCAGACCCGGGCGCCCAGCCCGACCCCGACCUGCCAGGGGGCGGCCUGCAUCGCUGUCUGGCCUGCUCGAGGUACUUUAUUGAUUCCGCCAACCUGAAGACCCAUCUCCGAUCCAAAGACCACAAGAAAAGGCUAAAGCAGCUGAGUGUAGAGCCCUACACUCAGGAAGAGGCUGAGAGGGCAGCAGGUAUGGGCUCCUAUGUGCCCCCCCAGCGGCUGGCUGUGCCCUCAGAAGUAUCCACUGAGGUCCCUGAGAUGGACACGUCUACCUGAUGUAGCCAGAGGAUGUACAGCCAAGGAGCUGCCCAUGGACAAUGAUGCAGGGCUAGGCUGGGAGAGACUGUGACGACCUUUUUGGGCCCUGGAUUUGUGGAGUGGAUGGCCUCUUCUGGGGGCCCUCCCCCUCAAAUAAAGGAACUGGAUAAAGAGUGCUUGCUUUUACUCCCUAACCUCCAGGCCUCCCCCAACUCCUGCCCUGUAAGGAUUUGUCUACUGGUCUCGUGUGCAGGACCCAGUGUGUCUAUUCCCUACUUGGUCCAGCUUUGGAACCUGCAUCUUUGCCUGGA